AGGAUGCCAGCCCCCAUCAGACUGCGGGAGUUGAUCCGGACCAUCCGGACAGCAAGAACCCAGGCAGAAGAGCGUGAGAUGAUCCAAAAGGAAUGUGCUGCUAUCCGGUCAUCUUUCCGAGAGGAAGAUAACACAUACCGAUGCAGAAAUGUGGCAAAGCUGCUGUAUAUGCACAUGCUGGGAUACCCUGCACAUUUUGGACAGUUGGAGUGCCUCAAGCUCAUUGCCUCUCAGAAAUUCACAGACAAGCGCAUUGGGUAUUUAGGUGCCAUGUUGCUGCUGGAUGAGAGACAGGAUGUCCAUCUUCUUAUGACCAAUUGCAUCAAGAAUGACCUUAAUCACAGCACGCAAUAUGUGCAGGGGCUGGCACUCUGCACUCUUGGCUGCAUGGGCUCCUCAGAAAUGUGCAGAGACCUUGCAGGAGAGGUGGAAAAGCUCCUCAAAACUUCCAACUCCUAUCUUAGGAAGAAGGCAGCAUUGUGUGCUGUUCAUGUCAUUAGAAAGGUGCCUGAACUCAUGGAGAUGUUCCUGCCAGCCACCAAAAACUUGCUGAAUGAGAAGAACCAUGGUGUUCUUCACACAUCAGUUGUCCUCCUCACAGAGAUGUGUGAGAGAAGCCCAGACAUGCUUGCACACUUUAGAAAGAAUGAAAAGCUUGUUCCCCAAUUAGUUCGUAUUCUGAAGAACCUUAUUAUGUCUGGGUAUUCACCAGAGCAUGAUGUGUCUGGGAUCAGUGACCCCUUUUUGCAGGUACGAAUCCUGCGGUUACUAAGAAUUCUAGGGCGAAAUGAUGAUGAUUCUAGUGAAGCAAUGAAUGAUAUACUUGCACAGGUUGCCACUAAUACAGAAACAAGUAAAAACGUGGGAAAUGCCAUUCUCUAUGAAACUGUGCUGACUAUUAUGGACAUAAAAUCUGAGAGUGGACUGCGAGUGUUAGCCAUUAACAUCCUAGGCCGUUUCUUAUUAAACAACGACAAAAAUAUUAGAUAUGUAGCUUUGACAUCAUUGUUGAAAACUGUGCAGACAGACCAUAAUGCAGUACAGCGGCAUAGAAGCACGAUUGUGGACUGCCUGAAGGAUCUGGAUGUCUCCAUUAAAAGGCGUGCAAUGGAACUGAGUUUUGCUCUUGUUAAUGGGAACAAUGUCCGUGGAAUGAUGAAGGAGUUGCUGUAUUUCUUAGAUUCCUGUGAACCAGAGUUCAAGGCAGACUGUGCAUCUGGAAUAUUUCUUGCAGCUGAAAAAUAUGCUCCUUCCAAACGCUGGCACAUAGACACAAUUAUGAGAGUCUUAACAACGGCAGGAAGUUACGUUCGUGAUGAUGCUGUUCCAAAUCUGAUUCAGCUAAUAACUAAUAGUGUGGAGAUGCAUGCCUACACUGUGCAGAGACUCUACAAAGCCAUCCUUGGUGAUUACUCCCAGCAGCCCCUGGUGCAAGUGGCUUCUUGGUGCAUAGGAGAGUACGGAGAUCUUCUGGUGUCUGGUCAGUGUGAAGAGGAGGAACCUAUACAGGUAACAGAGGAUGAAGUUCUUGAUAUUUUAGAAAGCGUCCUGAUAUCUAAUAUGUCUGCAUCUGUUACACGAGGCUAUGCUCUCACUGCCAUCAUGAAGCUUUCCACAAGGUUCACCUGCACUGUCAAUCGCAUUAAGAAGGUAGUUUCCAUUUAUGGCAGCAGCAUUGAUGUGGAGCUACAGCAGAGGGCAGUGGAAUAUAAUGCACUUUUCAAGAAAUAUGAUCACAUGAGGCCAGCCCUGCUUGAGAGAAUGCCAGUAAUGGAGAAAAUCACCACAAAUGGCCCUACUGAGAUUGUACAGACCAACGGAGAGACAGAGCCAGCGGUACUGGAAACCAAACCUCCACCCUCUGGAUUGCAGCCUGCUAGCCAGGCAAAUGAUUUGUUGGACUUGUUGGGGGGAAGUGAUAUAACACCUGUAAUCCCCACUGCACCUACAAGCAAGCCAGCCUCUGCUGGUGGGGAGCUCCUUGACCUCCUGGGAGACCUCAACCUAACAGGUUCUCCAGUAUCUGCCCCUGCGCCCCAGAUAGCACAGCCUCCGUUCCUGCUUGAUGGACUUUCAUCACAGCCUCUCUUCAAUGAUAUUGCUGCAGGAAUCCCCUCAAUUACUGCGUACAACAAGAAUGGGCUGAAGAUUGACUUCACCUUUGAGAGGUCAAACACCAACCCUAGCGUCACUGUAAUCACGAUACAGGCCUCCAACAGCACAGAGCUGGAUAUGACAGAUUUUGUUUUCCAAGCUGCAGUGCCAAAGACAUUCCAGCUGCAGCUCCUGUCUCCCAGCAGCAGCGUCAUCCCUGCAUUUAACUCGGGGACCAUCACACAGGUCAUUAAAGUCCUGAAUCCACAAAAGCAACAACUACGUAUGCGGAUCAAGUUGACAUAUAAUCACAAGGGCUCAGCAAUGCAGGAUCUAGCAGAAGUCAACAACUUCCCCCCUCAGUCUUGGCAGUGAGGCUCUGGCACCAUUCUUAUUCUCACCCCACCCAAUCAAAAGAACUCUGGGAAGAAGGUUGUGAUCCUUGGCAAUCCCCCAAACUGCACCAUGGGCAUGGGGAACAAAUGAGACCUGCUGAUGAGGAGGAAUUUUCCUGAAGUGAUUGCUGACUUUGAAGCAUAUCUGUUAAGACUAAUCUCCUCUCCUCCGCUGAUGAGGCUGGCAGCUUGUGCACUCCCUCACACAUGCGUUCACAGCCGGAAGCAACAUUCCCUUCUCCCCUCCCCUCCCCCUCCGCCCCCCCGCAAAGAAACAGCCUGGUUGGAAGAGAAGUCUGGAAUUUCUAGCAGGGAAACUUUCUUCUCUCUGCAGCAAGUGAACAGCUGCCCCUUCUUUCUGCUGUCUUUUUCCCCUGGUGUGGGCAAGGCGUGUUGUCAUUCAUUACAAGCUGGAUUCCUUCAGGUACUUUCAUAUGGGGCUCAGACUGGGGACUUGGGGAAUGUCAGGCUGCCCUGCCUCUUUCUUCUUGUAUCCCCUAUGUCUGAAGGGGCUGGAGGCUUCUUACGGCCUAUUCAAUGCAUUAUUGUAUACACCCACCUCUUAGUUAUGUGGUACAUACCAAGAGCAAGUUAGGCCUUGGGAGUUCAUCUGCAAACCUGGGACAGUGCAGGAAGAGAGGUGCUGGGUGAGAGUUGAUAAAAUUGCUUUGGUGCUGUACUUGGAAAUGAAGACCUUACACUUGAUUUUUCUUUCUUUCCAUCAAUAGCUACAGCCAUGCAGAUUCACAGGCAGUCUUCUGUACCUUCCCCAGAAAGUGUGGUGAAGUAUGACAGAUGUAGAGAUCCAAGGAGCAGCUGGUUUUCUACCACAGACAGUUUCAAAGCCUUUUAACCCAUUAGUUGUGGUUUAUGGGUAGAAAAGACAUAUUCAAUUUUGUAGAUCAGUCUUUGAGGGCUCUGUUCCUGCUGGGAGACUCAGAGACUAUGCUGCAAAGUUGCUCUUCCCAGUUAUUCCAGACUUUCUCCCCAAUUUAAUUUCCAGAGCCUGUUGUAGACCCCCUGAAUUCUGUUUGAGUUACUUCUGACUGGGAUAUUUGUGUUGUAUCUGUAAUAUUGGCACUGAAAUAAAGACCAUGCGGUUUAAAGAGACCUUUUCCCAUUUUGUUACUUAAUUGAUCCUUGUAGUUUGCUCUUUGCUCCCCUUUCAGAGAAAUGUGGUAGUUCAGGUUCAGUCUGAAAGUAACUAAACUGUUUUUUUGAAUAGAAGCCAGUCGUUUGAGUAUUUGGAUCCAAAGAUGUGAGGUCCAGUACUCUUCAAAGCUUACAGAAGGCUGUGUUCAGUUAUGCUUCCAAGUGUGAACUGUUGUCGAGGUAGUAGAGUUCCGUGAAUUCUCAUGGAGGCGAUAUAUAGGACAUAAAGCACAGUGUGACAAAACUAUUCAGAUGUUCAGCACUCUUCAGGGAGGGAGAGGGGAGGAUAUCUCUUAGAUCUUCAUCCAUGAAUGUGCUGGUAAGGUGAAGGUACUCCAGCUUCCAACCCAGUGCUUUCUCAAAAGAAAGGGAUGGCACAUCUGCUUUAUUUCUGUUAUAGGGCUUUCCAGAUAGUGAUCAUUCAGUGCUCUGAUGGCAAGCUGAGACACAGCUUUUUGCGUCUGCAAAAGUGCUAACACUAGGCUCCAGUUCUUGCCAAAAACACUGCAAGAGUGGUGCAGUGUACUUGGGGAAAACUGAAGACCUAUUCUGCCCUUGAGUCGGGAUCAGAAGGCCACUAAAGGUUGUUCAGUCUGCUUUGGUUUUAACUGCAUUAAGUAAUAUAACGUAGGACUGACUGUCACUGACUUAAGUGCUGGUCUGUGUAGUGGAAUAAAUUAGCUUCUUUUGGAGGGCAUUUUUGCUGCCUUAUUGAUUAAACAAGUUUGGGCCUUUGGAUUAGCAAAGAGCUUUAUUAUUCUACUGGAACUGGCAUCAGCAUGGAGUUAUAAAAUCUAGAAGAAUGAUGUAUGAUUUCCUAAAAAGAAAUUCUGGGUUGUGGCAGGGUCAUGCCUUGGCUAUCAGUGGUGAGAUAGAUACUGUGCUUCAGCUAGAAGCAUCGUGAAGCAGGCAGUCUUGCAGAAAGUGGCUGAAUCGAAGUCCAUUUGUAGGUGCUGGGUAUUUACCUUUGUUGCUUUCACUGCAGUUGUGACUAUUCACCACCCCACUAGCUCAAGCUCCUUAGUGUUGAAGGCUGAGCAUGUUAAAUCUAGACUCCAGUAAGCUCUGAGGGCGUUACAGAUACGAAGCUAAUGGAAAGUCUUUGCCUUAGUUCCUGAAUGCCCUAUAAGCUCUCCCAUUCUCCUCACAGAAUUGUACAUGGUCACUUGUACUGAAAGCUGGCAUACCUCAAUCUCCAUUUGUUUUUGCUGAGAAAGAGCACUGGUGCAGGAGAUUAGAUAGGGAGAAAGAAGUAAAUGGUCUCUCACCUGGCCUGUUUGUUGCAGCAUAGUUGGGAACAGCUUAUUUCGUCCCUCUUGUUGCACUUGUUUUCUGUCCCCUAGAGCAGCUGGGUUUUGUUGUUGGUCUCUGUCUGGUAAGCAUGUAGGGUUGAUUCCUACUAUGUUCUUGGCUCCUUCAACCACCCUUGCACAGAGUGUUUGUGGUUUGGAAAACGGGCGCUUUGUCAUGUGUUUCCGAGUUGAGCUGAAGGAGGUGGUGCAUGUACCUGAAAUGCAUUUUGCUUGAAGUCAUCCCUUGGCUAUGAAGUACUCCUUUGUAGCAGCUGAACAUUCCUGUUGUCCUUGGAGCUCUUUCCUUUCCCCUUGCUAAGGGAUGGGGUACUAACAUCAUGCCAGAAGGGAGGCCAGGUUUCACAUUUUCCCAUAUCUGCAGUACUAGAUAGCAUUGCUUGCUCCUUGACCCCUAAGUACAUCUCUUAAGCUCUGUGCUGCUGCUUUGUUUUCUCACUGGAGAGUACCCGCAUGUCCACAUCUGAGGCACUCUGAGGAUAGGAUGAGUCUUUUUUUCCACCAGUUGAAUGCAACAAUUCUUACAGGUUUGGUCAACAUCUUCCUGCUUCAGUGUAAGGGGAAUAUAAAAAGAGCAAGAUACAGACUUCAUGGCUAAUCUUACUAAUAUCUGCAUUGGAGACUUUGGAGCUGAGAGAGAUCGAAUGUCUUUUUUUUUUUUUCAAGUGAAUGUAUUUUGAGUC